AGAAGUAGAAGACUCAUUCAACGUCUUCGUCUCAUAACUGAGACGUGUCUCUUUUUGUGUAAAAACGCAUCGAUUUCUUCGCGUUAAUUACAAGACAGGUGAAAUGUCUUCUUGGGCAACAUCAUCUGGAGCUCUUCGGUUGUCGCAGGGCAGCCCAAAUGGAAGUGCUCAACAGCAGCGGUUACUUCGAAGAUCAGCGCCUUACCCAGCCAGAGAGGCGAGGAGCGAAGAGCACAAAAAGGAUGCCCUGAACAGUUAUGAAGAACUAGAGCAAAUGCAAAACUACAGUGGCACUGUAAAAUACGAGGGACAAAAACAGCAAAAUGCCAAACCUGAGAGCUCCAAUCCAUCAGAAAGACGCAAAUCUCUGUAUCAGAAGUUCUACAGACAAGUGCAAGAAGAGCGGAAGCCAGCUGAUUGUGUGGUCCUCUCUACAGCUAACCAGUGCUUGGAUUACCCCAAAUCGCUAGGCCAGUGCUUGCAGGAGCGCAGCCUGUCAGUGGAAAUGUUCUACCUUCAGGCGGAGUCGGGCCUGACCCGGGCGCUGCAGGAUAUCAGAUCAGCUGGCUCCCCAUUUUGUAUUCUUGUGGAGCAGAAAAACAUAGCUCUCUCCUCCUGCACUGUUAUCAUAUUCUCAGAGUCCCUAAAAAUACAUCGCAACAUGCCCAAAGAUCAGGCCAUGGACUUUGCUGUAGCAGAGUACAAUCGCGCACUCGCCAAAGAGCGCCCACCAAGAGAUCCUGCUGACAUUGCAGCACAGGCAUCGCAGCUGCUGGAUGACUUUCUGGAUCGAGAAAAGCUUGAGCGCCACACUGUUCCUUCUGACACCCGACAGCUCCUCUUCCUGUUGGCUGAGGGGGUGCAUCUUUAUCCCGAGGAGCUGGACACCGUCUCAGAGUAUGUCCGUUCCCGUCUGGAUCACGCACAAGCUACCAACACUAAGGGCGAGAAGGGUAACGCCUUACCUCGGAGUUUAGGAAAACCGCCUCCCCUGCUUCCAACCCCACCUGGGCCCCCUCAACUUUUGUGUGCAACAGAUGCUGCAGAUGACCUGCUCGGACUAGAAGACUCCCUGCCUCAACCCAGUCCACUCUUACCAUUGCCAGGUUCCCAUCCCAAAUCCAAACCCCCUCCACUGCUGUCCUUGCAUCACACUCCUGUUUCUGUACUUGGGGCUGGGGGGCCACACGGGCUUCCUACUCCGCGGGGCCCCCUGUCGUCUCAUUACCCGUAUGGCGUCGCAGCUGCCCUUCGUGGGCCCUUACUUCAGCACCCUCCUCUGUACUUCGCUGGCCCCAGGGGCCCAUAUGGGUUUAGAGGAGCUCCUCCAUCUCUGAAGAGUGCACGCCCCCCACUUCUUCCUUCCCCAGGUGGCCCUCUCUUACAUCCUGGUGCCCCCAGAUUCUAAGAAGAAUCAUUCAUGUGUAGAUUACAACUUUAAGCAAUGUUUAGAUCUACAUGAUAAACAAAAUCCAACCAGACCCCAUGUAGGGUCUCAAUUUUUGGCUGUUUUAUAAAUAAAUGAUUAAAAAAAAAGUAGUUAAAAAGACAACGAUGGGAAUUUUUUUUAAUAUCACUAAUGUUAAUUAAAAUGAUACCGACUUGUUGAAAGACUGCAUGGAUAAUCUUCAUGACCUUUUUUUUUUAUCUCAGUCGCACUAUAACAGAUAUGACUUAUGUUCAGCUUUGUUGUGAAGAUGUGAUGUGUUCUCGGUCUAAGAUGUUCUCUGUUUUGUUGCUUGUUUAAAAAGGGUUUUGGCUAAAAUUUUACUUUGUCACAGUGUUAUUUUGAUUCACUGGGAAGAUGUUUUUGUGAUGGUGUUUUUAUUACUAAUUUUCAUACACUUCUUUUUUUAGGUAAAUUUAAUGUAAGAUUAUUAUUUGAUAUACUAGAAGAUACUUGGUAAAAUGUAUAAGUGUACAUUAGGAAGACUGACUUUGUUAAAAAAAACAAAAAACUUGUCAUCCAGUAAUUA